CACCUGUUACCAACGGAGUUCUCCCUGUAAAAAUUCUCCCUUCUUAUUCUUUCUAGCUUCUCAGCCUGGGUGUGACCAUUUGCCUGCCAAAGUGAAAAAUGGAGCAGGACAUGCAUCCAUCUACAGGCAAUGAAAAAAGAUGGGUUCAUGAUUCAUCUGUGGAUCAUGAAGGAAGGGUUCCUCUCAGAGCUUCAACUGGUGUAUGGAAAGCUUCUCUCUUUGUUAUCGCAAUGGAAUUUAGUGAGCGGCUAACCUUCUUUGGAAUAGCAUCAAAUCUCAUUACAUACCUUACCAUUGUGCUUCACCAAGACCUCCGAACAGCUGUAAAAAAUGUCAACUACUGGACAGGAGUCACAACAACAAUGCCUCUAGCUGGAGGUUUCUUAGCAGAUGCCUACGCUGGUCGCUUUGCCAUGAUCUUGCUCUCAUCCCUCAUUUAUCUCAUGGGUCUGAGCCUCUUCACAAUGUCCCAGUUCAUCCCAAGCUUAAAGCCAUGUCAUGCAGGCAUGUGUCAACACACUCAACACCCGAGAACAAUACAUGAAGUUGUGUUCUUUAUUGCAAUAUAUUGUAUCUCUCUUGGAACCGGAGGAUUCAAGCCCUGCCUUGAAAGCUUUGGGGCUGAUCAAUUUGAUGAUGAUCACUUGGAAGAAAGGAAGAAGAAAAUGUCUUACUUCAACUGGUGGAAUUUUUCACUUAGCUGGGGGCUGUUGCUUGGGGUCACAGUCAUUGUCUACGUUCAGGAAAAAGUGAAUUGGGGUGCUGCAACCCUUAUCCUCACCAUCACCAUGGCCAUUACAAUCUUGAUCUUCUAUGUGGGGAAGCCUUAUUACCGUUACAGAUUACCAGAAGGGAGUCCUUUAACUCCUUUGUUACAGGUUUUGGUUUCAGCUAUAAGGAAGAGAAAAUUGCAUUACCCUUCCAAUCCAUCUCUCUUAUAUGAAGUCCCACGAUCAGAAAAGUCCCAAGGAAGGUUUUUGUGUCAUACCAGUAGGCUUCGAUUUCUAGACAAAGCUGCAAUAAUCGAAGACAAGGAAAACACAUCGAUUCAGAAGACUAGGAAUCCAUGGAGACUGGCAACGGUGACAAAAGUUGAGGAACUGAAGCUUGUUUUGGGCAUGAUCCCCAUUUGGCUUUCUUCAUUAAUGUUUGGAGUAUGGACAGUGCAAGGACCUUCCUUUUGCGUCAAACAGGGUGCUACGAUGAAUCGAAGAAUCGGCAAAAACUUGGACAUGCCGGCCGCCUCUGUUUUCGCUGUUAACGCCAUUGCAAUGAUAGUUUCUGUCACCAUAUAUGAGAAGUUUUUGGUCCCAUUUCUGAGGAAAGUUACAGGUAAUGAAAGGGGCAUCAAAAUCCUCCAAAGAAUUGGUCUUGGAAUGAUCUUCUCCAUUCUAUCUAUGGUUGUUGCAGCCCUGGUUGAAAUGAAGAGGCUAAAAACUGUCGUGGAGGAGGAGAUUAUUGGAGGAAGAAAAGGGCCAAUCUCCAUGAGUUUGUUUUGGCUAGCUCCACAGAACCUAAUCCUUGGCAUAGCAGAUGGGUUUACUCUGGUUGGAUUGCAGGAGUACUUUUAUGACCAAGUUCCUGACUCCAUGAGGAGCUUGGGGAUUGCCUUCUACCUCAGUGUGAUUGGAGCUGGGAGCUUCUUGAGCAGCUUCCUAAUCAUUGUUGUGGAUCAUAUCACAGAAAGGGUUACUGGUAAAAGCUGGAUUGGGAAGGAUGUGAACAUGAGCCGUUUGGAUAAUUUCUUCUGGUUUUUAGCUGCCUUGAGUGCACUGAAUUUGUGUGUUUACGUGUUCUUGGCUUCGAAAUAUACCUACAAAAACGUAGAGAGAAAGGGGGUUGUUCAUGAAGGUGAUAAAGGGAUGGAAUCAAUUGCUUAACUUUUUCUUACUUCUUUAGUUAGUAAGGGUCUACUAAUUAAUCCUAAUGAGGUAAUUCUUUGUAAAUUUCUUAGUGUUAGUUUGAAAUAUAUAUACAUAUAAUAGUAUGGAUGUCAGGGUAGGAGGCAUUCUACUUACAAACUUAUGUAAAUAUUUAGUGCUUUAAGCCUCAUGAAAUUGUGUUGAUGUGCACUGGAGCUCUAUACCACUUGGUAAAGAUGCACUUUCUCUUUAUUUCUCUCCCUGAAAACCAAAAUCUAAUUACCUAGAGCUUCAUCCAUGGAAGGAAACAUAUAAAAUCCUUCCAUGUGCCACAGCUAAACAGAAGAAACAGGCUUAGUGUUGGCAUUGAAACCAACCAAGAACAACUUCCUGUUCAAGCAACCCUGCAAAUAGCUGAUGAUUUGAUUUGAUUGUUCUGUCAAUGUCUGGGAGUAUGAUAUUUGAUUUAUUUGCAGAGAUGGAGAAAAGAUGAAUCAUCUUAAUUAUCAUAUUGAAUCACAUUACUGUACCUUUUUUGUUGGCCACCCUUUUGCAUCGUGUUUCUGUGUAUUUGUUCAUCCUGAAACGACGUCGGUUGUUGUCUUACGCUUGAAUCACGCAGUAAUUAAGAGGAAGAACCCAUGAAACCAUAGUACUGAAUGCCUGAAAAUUCGAAGAAAUUUUCGAGCUUUGACUGUAAAGCUCCGGUUUUGAGCACAGGGGCUUCAUUUUUCUGUGGUAAAGUUUCGAGAUUUUUGGUAUUCUUGAGGUAUGCAAACAGAAGCAAGAGUUGGGGUGGUAAACUCCGGCCAUGGAGGAGGGGUGGCUUC